AUGGCUGAAGAAGCUUACAAAGUUCGUAGGAUGAAACUUGGGAGCCAAGGCCUUGAAGUUUCGGCUCAGGGACUUGGUGUCAUGGGUCUCUCUGCUUUCUACGGCGCUCCGACACCUGAGACAAACGCCGUCAUUCUCCUCCAUCACGCUAUUAACUCUGGAAUCACAUUCUUAGACACCUCCGAUUUCUACGGCCCCGAGACAAACGAGCUGCUCCUGGGAAAGGCUUUGAAAGAUGGGCUGAGGGAAAAAGUGGAGUUAGCGACAAAGUUUGGGCUCGUUACUUCUGAAGAUGGAAAAUUAGGUUUCAGGGGAGAUCCAGAGUAUGUUCGGUCUGCUUGUGAGGCAAGCUUAAAGCGUCUUGGUGUUGCCUCCAUUGAUCUUUAUUACCAGCAUCGGAUUGAUACCACUAUUCCCAUCGAAAUCACGAUGGGAGAACUGAAGAAGCUUGUUGAAGAAGGUAAAAUAAAAUACAUCGGUUUAUCUGAAGCCUCUGCUUCAACGAUCAGAAGAGCACAUGCUGUUCACCCUAUAACCGCUCUGCAGAUAGAAUGGUCCUUAUGGUCAAGAGACGUUGAAGAAUAUAUCAUUCCCACCUGCAGGGAACUUGGAAUUGGAAUUGUAGCUUAUAGUCCUCUAGGAAGAGGUUUCUUGGCUUCAGGAACCAAACUUGUUGAGAAUCUUGAGCACAUUAAUAUAGACCACAAUAAGAUUGUCUUCGAGAGAGUCCAAGCGAUAGCAACAAAGAAAAGCUGCACUCCUGCACAACUAGCUCUUGCAUGGGUUCACCACCAAGGAGAUGAUGUCUGUCCCAUUCCAGGAACCACCAAAAUCGAAAACCUCAAUCAGAACAUUGGAGCUUUAUCCGUGAAACUCACUCCUGAUGAUAUGGCUGAGCUUGAAGCCAUUGCUAGACCGGAUUUCGUCAAAGGGGAACGAUAUUGGGACAUAAAAACUACUUACGACCACGCUGAAACUCCCCCAUUGUCUUCUUGGAAUGAAGUAUGA